AUGCUGAAAUUUUUGAAAUCGUUUCAGCUGCGUCGCCAAUGCAGCAGCGUGGCUACUGUCGGAUCAUCGCCGACGCCUAGGAUUAAAGAUGGAAGGCUGGCGAUUUCAGCCAGGCUGAUGCUGAGGCGAUUGGAGGCGGCACCAAGCCAGCAAUGCCGGCAGGAUGUGCUGCGAUCCAAGCUAGGUCUGAUGCGCAACUGCAAUUUCUGGAAGCCGCUGAUCCAGACUCUGCAGAAGAAGGCCAGGAGCAAAUUCCUGUGCAUCGAGGUUUUCGACUGGAUCAGGCAAGAGUUCCCUGAUGCUAGCAAGCCUCAGAUAUACUCAAACAUGAUCGCGUACGCCGGAAGCAUUGGAAUGCCGCAGCUCGCUCACGCUUGGGUCUCCGAGAUGAAGAUCAAAGGAAUCAAGAUGUCCACGCCGACGUACAAUGCUCUGGUAAGCGUCUUCUGCCGGAGUGGAGAGAUUGAAGCGGCCGAAAAGAUGCUCGAGAACAUGAAGUGGGCCGAGUGCCCACCCAACGUCUCCACUUACAACACGAUUCUAGCGGCAUACGGCAGAAGCUCGGACAUCGUCCAGAUGGAAAAAUGGCUGGAAGAACUGAGGAAAGCCGGGCUCACUCCCAACGUAGUCACUUACAACACGCUGCUCUUCUCCUACUUGAAGAAGGGAAGCCUUGCGAAGGUUGACGAGAGAUACAGGGAGAUGCAACUCUCUUGCAAGCCGGACGUCUUCACCUUCGGGAUCUUGCUACACGGAUAUCAAAAGCUCAACAUGGUGGAGAGGAUGGAGCAGGCUUUUGCGGAUCGGCAAAAGAGCGGGCUUCCAAUCGGUGCUAUCGCUGCUCAGCGUAUGAUCCGGGUUUACACCAAGAACAAGAUGUUCUCCAAGAUCAAAGACAUAACAGCCAUCCUGGAGCAGGCUCCGAGAACCGUCUACACGACUCGUCUCAACGGAGUGAUCCUGGACGCGUUUCUAACCGCCGGUGAAUUCGACCAGGUGGAGCACGAGAUGAAGAGAGUUGUGAAGCAAGGCAGAGCUUUCAUGGACCCGGAGGUGCUGGACGAGGUGGUUUCGGCGUUCUUCGAGAACUCGGCAGCCGAGAAGCUGGGCGGCCUUUACAGAUCCAUGAAGGCGGUUUCAAGGUGGCGGAUGUAUGCUUCGACUUACGAGCUGCUCGUCCGGGGUUUCGCAAAGCACGGCGACGGCAAGAUGGCGAUGGAGGUUUCCGAAGAUAUGGAGAUGGCGGGAUGGAAGUGGUCAGUGGACACGAUGCAGGUGUUAUACGAUGUGUUCAAGAAGGCGGGCGAUAGAGAAAAGCUGGGCCUCAUCGUCGAGAAGAUGGAAAAACUGUGAGCCAAUCUUUUCUCUUCUCUUUUUUCUCUCAAGGUACGAGCCAUGCCUGAUAGACUUUGUUGUGGAUUCGAUGACCAGGGAGCCGCGAAUUCCUCCCAGCAAGUAAAUCUCUCGCUCGCAUGUAAAAAAAUCGAGUUUUUACGACUGUGCCCCUUUAAAGAAAGGGGCAUUAAAGCAGGGGUUGCUAUUUUAGGCGGAA